AUGCACAGUGGUAGCAUAGCAAAAAUUUAUCGUACGAUGCGGGCGAACGAAAAUUUUGAGCUGCUAAAAAAUCUUUUCCGUAAUACGAAAGUACAAGAACAAUCUUUCGAAAAUUUAAUGGAAAAACUAACGGAUCAUUUCCAGUCGAAACGACAUGUGGUCGCUGCACGUUACGAUUUUUUCAAAAGGGAAAUGAAGCCACAUCAAUCAUACAGAGAGUGGGUAGCAGAUCUCCGCGGAUUGGCAAGAGAGUGUAACUUUUCGUGCUCAGCCCAGAAUUGUUUGCACACUUUCGUGGAUGAUAUGAUUCGUGACCAAAUUAUUAUACGUACACCUCACGAUGCUGUGCGCACGGCUGCGUUCCAAAAGCCCCAGCCAACACUUGCUGAUGUUUUGCAGAUUGCAGAAUUGUACGAAACAACCACUAAAACGGUGGCAACAAUUAAAGAACAAACCGGAUAUAGCAAAAUUGGACAUAUUGCGCCAGUGUGCAUGUCAAAACAAAACAAGAACAACAAACAUAAUUCAGGUGAUGAAAACAAGAAGAAAGACUACCGUCGUAAAAGUCACAACAUUGGUACUGUUGAAACAAUUAACAGUUUAACAGGUAUUGUAAAAACUGAAAGCAAUAAGAAUUACAUUGACUUGGAAAUUUGUAAUAAAAUUGGGUCUUUCCAAAUGGAUUCUGGUGCAACAGUUUCUCUAAUAAAUAAGCGUACAUUCAAAACUCUAAAUUGCCCAAAAUUGCGAAAUUGUACAAAAACCUUAUUUGGUUUUGGCAAAAAUGAAAUUCCAGUGCUUGGUGAACUUUGCGUAGAUAUCAAAUGUGGCGGAAAAGAAAGGGAAGUGGUAAUCGUUGUCGUGGAUGUCGAAAACUGUAACAAUUUAUUCGGUUUCGAUUUAUUUAAAGAAUUCGGCCGACAAAUUCCAUUUUCGCAAAUGUCACUUUUCAAGAAAGAAGUCGAUCGAUUGACAAAUGCGGGUAUUUGGAAACCUGUGAAGUUUUCCCAAUGGGCUUCGCCUAUUGUACUAGCGCCAAAAGCUGAUGGUUCCAUAAGAAUUUGUGGAGAUUUUAAACAAGCAGUCAAUGCGCAAAUUGACAUUGAACAAUAUCCUUUGCCCAUACGCGAAAGUCUUUUCCAUAAAAUUAAUUGCGGUCAACAUUUUACAAAAAUCGACCUUAAGGACGCGUAUUUACAAAUGGAACUUGACGAUGAAGCAAAAACAAUAAUGGUUGUCAACACUCCACUUGGGUUAUUCCAAUACCAACGUUUACCGUUUGGGAUUGCAAGCGCUCCAGCUAUAUUCCAAAGAUAUCUUGAGCAGUUACUUCAAGGCGUAGAAGGUUGUGGAAAUUAUCUCGAUGACAUCAUCAUCUCCGCACCUACAUUUCAACAACACAUCAGCCGCCUAGAACAAGUACUUCGUAUUUUGCAACAAAAUGCACAACAACAAGCAUUUAUAGCUCUUAAAACGCAUAUUCUCAAUGCAGCGCAAUUAGCACAUUAUCAGGAAGAUUUACCGUUGGUUCUAGCUACAGAUGCCUCCUCCUAUGGCAUAGGAGUUGUGCUCUCUCAUACGUACGUUGACGGUACAGAAAGGCCUAUUGCUUUUGCAUCUAAAACUCUCGACAUUCAUCAACGACGAUAUAGUCAGAUAGAGAAGGAAGGGCUAGCUAUCGUUUUUGGAGUCAAGCGUUUCCAUCAAUAUUUAUACGGAAGAAGAUUCACCUUGGUUACUGACCACAAACCUCUUGUUAGCAUUUUUAAUCCAAUUCAUCAGUUGCCGUCGAUGACGUCACAUCGUUUACAGCGAUGGGCUAUUAUACUAAUGGCUUAUCAGUAUGAUGUUCGGUAUCGUAAAACUACUGAGCAUGGAAAUGCCGAUGCUUUAUCUCGUUUACCUGUUGGUGAAGAUAAAACUUUUGAUCAUGAAGAAUCUUGUUUCAACAUCAAUGAACUUAACACACCUAUUGACGCUGAAAUAAUUCGUCAGCAUGCCAAAAAUGACCCAAUUCUUCGCCGAGUUUAUUUUCUCGUUACAAACGGUUGGCCUGAAAAGCUAAUGCCUCAAGAUACGGAGUACAACCGGGUUGUCAUUCCAGCCUCCCUUAAGCAGAAAAUUCUUAAACUUCUUCAUGAUGGUCAUUGGGGAGUAUCGAGAAUGAAACAGCUAGCUCGACAACAUGUCUGGUGGACUAAUAUUGACAAAGACAUCGCACAAUUAACUGAAAAUUGUGAUGUGUGCAAAAUUGCAAAUCCUGUUCACACACGUGAAUACUUAAGCUGGCCUGAAGCUGAUCGACCUUGGGAGAGAGUACAUAUCGACUUUGCUGGUCCAUUUUGUAAUUCAAUGUGGCUAAUUUGUGUCGACGCUUUCUCGCAAUUUCCGUUCGUUGUACAACUAUCUACAACAACAACGGUUGACACCGUAUCAGCAUUGUCUUCUAUAUUUUCUCUGGAAGGUAUACCAGAAACCAUCGUAAGUGACAAUGGUCCGCAAUUUACAGCUGAAGCAUUCAAACAUUUUUGCUCAAAACUUGGCAUCAAACAUAUAACAACAGCGCCGUUUCAUCCAGCCUCAAACGGGUUAGCCGAACGAUUCGUCAGAUCUUUUAAAACUGCUGUUAAGAAAAACAUUGACGAUGGAUUGUCUCUCAAAUUCGCUGUAUCAAAAUAUCUUGCAACAUAUCGUGCAAUGCCGAAUGCUGAAGGUAAAUCACCUGCAGAACUUUUACAUGGAAGGCCUGUUCGUACCUUGUUGAGUCAACUGUUUGAAUCGCCUAGGAAGCACCUUGAAGCUUCGAAACGGAAAAUGAAAUUUAGUCUAAAGCAACCCGUCUUCGCUCGAAACUACGCAAGAGGGGAAAAAUGGAUAAAAGGAGUUAUUGUGAAACAACUUGGUAAAAUGGUUUACCGAGUGAACACAUCUUUUGGUUACAUCAAACGUCAUGUUAAUCAGCUUAAAACUAGAAGUAGCUCUGACCUCUCUUCACAACCAAUUUUUGAAUUCGCUCCAAAUUUCAUCAAUGCCACACCGCCUUCAUCUAGCCAAUCAACAUUAAUGCCUAGUGAAGAACGUUCUACCGAAGUAGUUCAACUUCGAAAAAGUGGUCGUAUUCGGAAGGAUGUUAAUCGAUUUGAAUCCGACGAUUUCAGGAAAACUCAAACUUUGUCAAAAAUUAAGGGCGGAGAAAGUGUUAUAAUCUAG